UCUCGCUCUUAUUUCCGGUGUAAGCACCCACUCGUGCUCCAAAGGUCAUAAGCUAGCGAUCGUGUCAGUCGAAACUACACUUUCGCUGUCUUAACUGUAGUUUCGACUGAAAUAAUCAUGAUGGAUCUGCUACUUUUCCAUUACGUAAGGCUGUGAGAGGUGAAGAUGAACAAGAAAACUGAAGGAGUUUUGGCAGUCCUCCAUUUCCCAAAUCCAGACCAAUGUCGGCCCCACUAGUGGUCCUUUGAAGAGAAAUGGCUGGAAGGAGGCAUGAAUGUGCUGGCCUUAUGAACUGGCUGGCCUAAGCAAAUGUUGCUGUAAAAGUUAUGGUGGCUGCAACAACAAAUUAUGGGUGCCAUACUCAGUAGUUAAGCAGUGGGCCUAUAUUAGGGGACUUCAACUGCAGGAAAAACAACUGCCAUCAUUAACCACAGUAAAUAAAAUUUACCUUCUGCUGAUCUACCACCAGCCUGAUAUCAAGACCUGCUUGCUGCCUAGGAGUUUUGAGGCAAUUGUUGUAAAACGUUUAACUGUGGCACAAAGAAGCCUAAUGAAGUGGCAGUUGGGAAUGGCCUCAAUGGCAAGCAUUGCUCAGGAGUUUGGGACUAGUUGGGAUGGUCUUUAUCACUGGCUGAAAGCGCGCUUGGAGCAACUGAAUGUCCCAGAAAGUGAGCUGCAUCUACGAUCAAUUGUCAAAAUCUUUCUCAUGAAUCACAAAGACCUGGAGGAUGAAGAAACACAUAGUGAAAGGAACAAAGUUGUUCUUCCUCGCAAAAAAUCUGCCUUCAGAUCUUCCCGUUCCAUUGAUGAAAGUCGCAAGUCAGUUGCUGAGACCUACAUUAAUCAUCUCCUUGAGAAGCAGAUGCAGCAGCGAAGUCAUGAAUCUAGUGAUGUCAAGAGCCUUAUUAAUGAGUUGUCUUUGCGGAUAGGUGAAGCUAGAGAAAGGAAAGAUGUAGCGGGACAGCUUACCAUUCAAUCUUGUCCAGGGAAUUCAGAAAAUGGAGUUAAAAAUGCCACAGACAGGUAUAAUCAAGCUUUUCCACCACUCUCAGAAAUUAGCAUCAAAACUCAGACUGCUUGUAGCUUGGAUACUAAACAUAGUGUUUGGUACUCUAGAACACCGCUGACAUGCAAGCCUGCAAAGGAAACAUCACAGAAAAAUGAAAGUUCAAAGGUAACACAAACUGCAGAGAUGUCCCCUAAGAAUGGCCUGCUGCACAAAAGAUCCAACAGACCACCCUGUAAAGGUAAAGAAAAUGAACUGCUGCCAGGAAAAGGUGAGCAGAAAAGGAAAAUCUCACAGUCCAUGAAAAAGGAGCAUGUAUGGCAAACACAAGGCAGAAAGUCUGUAGAAAACUAUAAAUCUUCCGUCCAUGAUCAUCUUUGCUGUACUUCAUAUGAGAGCUUCUGUAGGAAAGCAGAACAAGAUCUGAUGAGUUUCCUGUACAGUAAGCCCAAGUUUUCACCUAAGCAUUCACUCCAGCCUCUUGGGCAAAAAGAAGACAAAAGCUGGUACGCAGUACCAGUGGAUAGUCUUCUUAUGUUGACAAAAUCCCAGCAUCGUUUGUACAGAAGAGGUGAAUGUUAUUCUCAUAGCAGUCCAGACUCUCCUAUAAAUUGGCCUUCAAAUCAGAUGGGCAAUGAAUAUAAUCCAUUGAGUGAUCAGGCAGAUGGAAUAUCAUUAGUGAAACAAAACAUCCCUGACAUUGGCAAAGAGCAUCAACUGCGCUGCAAUAAUUUCGAAAGUGAAUGGUUUGAAAGGACUGGAGAAUUAGAUGUGAAGGUAGUUCCAACAACAACGAUUAAAGCUUCAGUGGAUGAAGGUCAUCAGCUGGAGGAACAUACUAAGCAGUUGUUAGCAGAUAUUGGUCAGCAACUGGGGAAAUGUACAGGCAGUUACCAAUAUGGAGCAAAUCUAUAUGUUGGAAUGGAAGAUGAUGCCGUUUUUAAACAACUACGAGCAGCUUCAGAACCAACUCCAUGCAGCAGGCAUAUGUUCACCCAUCAGACGAGUCAUGAGAGAUCUGAUCAGACCAUGCCUUCCAUUUUUGCAGAUGAUAAAACAGAUUUGGUUGGCAGGUAUCUUGGCAUUACUAGCCCUUAUCUCCCAACAGAUUCUGCAUCUUCUGAUGAGGAUCACAGCAACAUACUGGUUAAAACUGAUGUAUUUGAACAACUUGAUUCAUCUUGCAGGUUGAAUACAUCUGGCAGAAAUGGCAUGGAUGUGUCAGUACAUCCAGAUGAUGCUGAUAUAGAAUCUGUAGAUGGGACAUUUUUGGGUUCAGAUUACAUCUGCAACAAUACAAAGCAAGGGUUUAAUCCAUGUAUUGAAGUAGAUGUUGCUAAGCAGCACAGCUUGUCUGCAGAUAGUGGAGACACUUUGGCAUGUUCUGUGAAUUCUGCCAGUCAAACGUUUUGCUUUAGUUUAUCUCCAGGUCCUAACUUGGACCACCAACAUUUACUAAACAGCACCACAUCAUUUUCAUCUAAAGGUUCUAAUGCUUGCAUAGCCUCUGAGAGUAAUGGAGGCUUGUUUGGAUUUGAUGUUUUAAAUCAUGCAUUGCCCUCCUUUUCAUCACCUUACAUUGUUCAGCCAGUACAGUCAAGCCCACUAACAGACAUCAUUAAACCAGUUUAUUCAGAAAAACAUCAACACCCCUUCAGCUUCUCCUGUCUUGGAUGCCUGAAUUUGAACUACUGCAUGUGGAUACAGAGGUGCAGGGGUUUUGGUGGAGAUGCAAUGCACUUUUGGACCUCCUGUGCUUCAGGGUGCCUAUACAUUCCAGAACUUGGUCCUGCAAUUACACAGUGUGUACAUGACCAUUGUUACACAGUCAGAGAAAUGUCACCAGACAAGGAGACCUGGACUGAACCACCUACAGUCAGUAGCAUAAGUCAAGAAAAGCAGGAGCAAAUGAAGUUUUUGAUAAGUGUUGGCAACAUAAUUUUUUCUCAAAAUCCUACAGUACUAGAUCAGGCACAGGAAAAAAUUGAAGACUUUCAUUCAUUCAGCAUUUACUGCAAAGGUUGUGUGAGUAUGACUAUGUAUGAAAUGUCAGUCCGUGGGCAAACAGUUGAAUGGGGUGAGGUCCAGUCAUUUUUAUCAUCUUGUAUAUCUGGGUGCUUUUCAGUGGAAGACCAAAUGUCUGUCUGCACUCAAAAUCAAAACCAGUUGCUGAGGCAACUUUCCUCCAAAACACCAACUGCUGUGAACAGUUUUUGUUCAGAAGGGACAGAUGCAGUUUUGCUUAGUUUUGACUCAAAGGAAAAUGUGAAUAAUCAAGAAGCACAUUUACCUAGGACAGAGCUGCUACAAGAUGGUGCAGAUCACCAGCAGAUUUCACAAGAUUUGCAUCUUACAUCUUCUGAUCCAUUUUUUGUGCAGGAUGUUUACAAUGCCUCUGGACACACACCAGACAAAAUCUUUUCCCCUACUAAAACAUUUCAUCCAAGUCCAUUUUGCUUAAAGCCAUUUGAUCUCAAUUCAUGCGAUAUCAGAAUAGGCAAAGAAUCAUUUCCAGUAGGAAAUCGUGAAACUGCAUCAUCAAAUGAAUGUUCCUUUUGUGCGGUGUUCCAGCAAGAACCGGAAGACAGUUUAAUAGCUUUUAUCAGACAGCCAGAGGAAGCUGCCACCAACAACAAUUUUUUGCAUUAUUUUCCUUACCCUGCAUUUAGACAUUCUUCGCAAGCUUCCUCGGGCAGCACCAGAGAUCACAGCCCAGAAGUAUGGAAAGAUCCACGAAUGUGUCUUCCUGCAGUAGAAAAUAGUAUACCUGUAAUCCAUUCCUCUGACAAUUCUCAGAGGUAUGGUACGCUAGAUUGCAUGAUAUCCAACCAAGACAUUGUGGAAGGCAGUAAUAAUCGUGUUCUUGAAACAGGAUGGGGAGCUUUUGGAGAAGCCCUCGCAUGUCCAGUUGCUACCUUUGCAGAGUCUGAAAGCCAGGGAAGCACUGAUGUACAGGGUUGUAACCAUUCUUGUCCUGCCUCGCAGUCUUGUGAAGCAUGUACAUUGUAUAUAGACUCUCUUGUCACGGGGUAUUCAUCGGAUAGUCUUCCAGAAUUAUCUAAUCAGAAGCAGCAUAGUUCCUGCCAUGAGUGGAAACCAUCUGUCUGGCACACAUCGGACAAACUACAGAGCAGACAGCAUGAACAUCUGAAUAAGUCACGACAUGUUUAUUCACCCCUAAACUGUGUAGAAAAUCAAGAUAAACAGUUAGUUCCUGAAACUUUAUAUAGUGAAAUGUUCCAGUGGAUGUGUACACAACUGCAGUCACAAAACAGUACAGCAGAUUCAAAGCAGGACCAUAAUGUACCAAAGUUAGGAAGUUUUUCUCACCUAACACCAAGAAAUACAUGGGAAAAGAUGGGAUGUCUGUCACAUUUAGGGUCAGAUGAUGUGUGGGAAAAACCAGCAUGUUUUUCUCAAUCGGAAGGUACGCUGGAAAAUCCAGAGUGGAGUUUUAGUCCAAAAGGACAGAUGAAGAACAUGAAAUCAAAGAAGUGCAAGGAGGCAGAUGAUAUGCUUCAAACAAAUUCAUGUAAUUUAGCACAUCCAUGGCAGGAGAUAUAUAGAAUUUCAUCUCAUUUUCAUCAGCGAUGCAUCUCUGACAGCAGUCUUGUUCUGCCUUCUGAAAACUCUGCCUUCAGGGCUUGUACCCGAGCCCACAGCACUCCAGCCCUCACCCAUGAUUCCCCUUUCAGUAUUGGGGCCCCACCAGAAAUCCUUGUGGGUAAGAAGCAUGACAAGAGUGCAUCUUUACCCCUCAGUGUACCCCUUGAUGUCAUUGUUGGUGCUAAACAGAAAAUAAAUCUGCCAGUCUAUCAAAAGCUUAAGGAGAGGGCCGAGGCUCGAGGUCACCAUUUUCUUCCCAUUCGGGAUGACUCCAAAUCAAACAGUAGAGCUGCUGAGGAGGAGAUUUCUGUUGCUGCACCAGGAGAUAUAUUUGGUGUUCCUCCUCCUAUAGAGCCCCCACCUUGUCGGCACCAGUAUCACUCUUCACAUGCCAAGCAUUCUUGCAAAGGAGCCUGUUGUUGCCCAACUUUCUUUUACAGUGGCAGUGACAAGACCACACAGACCUAUGAAAACCAUGCUGGAAAUGAGCAAGCCCUCUACAACCAGCAUGGUCAUCUUGAUAGUGGUGACGAGUCACGCCUACCAGCUUUCAGGAGCAUUUGUUCUGUGGAGGCAGGUGAAGACUGUGAAGUGAGACCUGCAACAAAGAAAUAUGAAGAGAAGGACUGGAAGAUGCUACAAGAUGUGCCAGAUGAAGAGGAGUUGUUGGAAGCAAUAUUGAGUGGGAGACAGGCUUCAUACAUGGCAAGCUUGAGAGAGGACAACUACCACCAUCACGUUGCCAGCCAUAGCUUGGAUACUGGAGGUGACCAGAUAGCUGUCUUUGAAUUUUCACAGGAGAGUGCACAGUCUGGUGGUCUCCCUUACCCAGAGCAGGCUGUUUACCUCGCAGAGGUGGAAGAGGAGCUCCUUAACAGUGCAGCAGAACUUGCAAGCACCCGAUCAAGGCGGCGUCUUUGCAAGAAACCUCCAAAAGGGUCAGGUUACUACAAUAAACCCUGCUCCUUCUACCUGGAGGGCCAGUGCUAUCGGGCAGAUUGCAAGUUCUCACAUGACACCUCCUCCAUAACCUGUCGCUUUUGGGAAGAAGGACAGUGCUUCAAGGGCGACCUCUGUCCUUUCCGUCAUGGCUACCUCAGAGAAGAUACAGGAGCAACAAGGAAGCAGCGGGGAUCAGAUAUACAGUUUGAACUGAAGAAGGAUGACUUUCCUGCACUGACCAGUAGAAAUAAAGAUAUUCGUGAUCACAGUGCUCCUCCAUCGCGGAGGAAAAAAGGCGUAAGAAAACCAGUUGUUAGACAUCAACCACGUGGAAAUUAGACUCCAUCAUUGAACUGCUGCUUCUUUUGCCAUUGGAUCUUCUGUGUUGGCCAUCUUCGUAUUUAUUUAUUGCAUUUCCAAUUGUGCCACAAAGGGUUCAUUGAUGAUGUUUUAAUCUUAAAUGUAUUGUUCUGAAAUCAAGUGAAGUCUAGUUGCAGAAGUAUUGUAGCAUUUAAGGAUUGUUUUUAUGGGGGGGGGGGGGGGAUAGGGUGGUUGGAAAUAGGUGUGGCUGUUGAAGGAUAUGUCCUCACAUGUAGCCUUUUUUUUUUUAAUGAGAGAUUAAAAUUAUAUGCAUUUCUUGAAACAAAGGAUAUUAAUACUUUUACAAAAUUUUUACAGAAUUUCUGUACUUUCUCCAUUGUUGCCAUUAUUGUAGACUGAAUUACCUUCCUCCAACAGUUUUGUUUUUAGCAAGACAUUUAAACAGAAUUGCACGUCAGAACCAAAGGACUAAGAUCUUGAAGAAGAAAUGGACUUGAUAGUCAAACAACUUGUAAAAUGAUAUUUUUCAUAAUUUUUUUUGGCAAUGGUAAUGUGUUUCAUCUUGGGGAGAAUGUUUUAUUGAAAGAAGCAUUACUGCCCACUACUAUGCAUCUUUAUGUUUUAUGAAAAGUAUUUUGAAUGUUAUGUUUUAUGGAAGAAUUGCAUUUUCCUGCAUGAUAAGAAAUUACCAAAAGUUUUAUCCCUACCUAAAUGAGCCACGUGAAUUUAAAGUUUGGAAAAUUGUUAAACCACAGAAACUAAAUAGCUAAAUAUGUUCAUAAAGUAAUCUUUUUUCCUCUAGUUCUACAGUAAAAAUUUUUAAAAACAAUUAAAAGAAUCUUAGUUUCUCUGGAAACCUUAUAUAAGUUGUCAUUUGUCAUACCUGUUUUGCUAUUUCUUACAGGACUUUUUGUACAAAUAAGACACCAAGCUGUGGUAAUGGUGUAGAGUGGUUUUUUUUUUUUUGGUUACAUUAUUUGUUUUUUUCUCUGUUAGGAUGUUGACUGUAACAAUUUUUUUUUCUUGGCAUUUUUCUUCACCAAGAGCUUUUUAGUUUCUGCCCUUUAUGUUCUGUCACUCUAUCUGUGAAGUUAGACUUUCUUGACGAAGAUAGAACAUGAUAUAAGAGUAGGAAGGAAAUAUUGAUCAUUUUGCCAUUUAUGAAAACAUUUACAGAUGUUUAGUUAUUCUAAGCAUUAACUGAUGACUACAGUGUUUGCACACUUUAUGGUGUUGAAGGGAAUGAAGAAAUAAGUGGAUUGUUAAAAGGGAGAGAUGUUGCAACACUGGACAGUAAUAGUUCUUUAUGUGUAGAUUUUAUUUUAAGUCAGUUGAGCAAAAUUUUAGUUGUAAUGCUGAUAACUAAGGCCACUAAAAACAUGAGCAUUUUUUGUUUUUGAGUUUCAUACAUUGCUUGUGUAUGAUGUUUUAAUAAUAAUAAAUGCAAAAUUUAUAAAGCACGUACUCACACCCCUAAGGUGUAUGCUCUUAGCACUUAAGAACAAGAACGAAACAUGGACAGCAUACGAGAUACAGAAAACAAAUAACACAUAAACUGUAAAAGAAUAAACAACAGUUCUAAUGAAGAAUAAAAUCAAAUACAGAAAACGAGGAACCAAAGAACAAGAGCUGAGUUAUGCUUUGAAGAUUUAAUUAUAGUAUAUCUCUUGUCAUCAGCAUACUUAAUCACCAUUAAUUGUUCUCCCACUUCUUUCACAUGUUUUAGAAGCAAGAACUGAAAGUGAAGCAGGUGAGAAGGGAAAUGUUUACAGGCUUAGGAGGAAUAGAUCGCAGAAGUGCAUGCAUUGCUGUAAUUACGUUUUCAUUUCUCUAAAUAGCAAUGGAGCUUUUGUGAAGUUUGAUGUGUUUGAAAGCAAGCUUGCUGGUAAACACCUGUUAGACAAGAGUGUUUUCAGAAGUGAUGGCGAUAAUAGAUGCUUCUUCACAUUUGUAGCGAUGUUAGCUUAGUCACAGCCUGCAGUACUUAGAUGUGUUUUUUCCUCAGAUAUUCUGGCAUGGGUGUUUUUCUGCUGUUCAAGUUAUAAUUUGGGUUUUUUAUUUUUUUUACUUUUUAUCUGGCUCAUUGAACACAUUUCUUUGCAGCUUUUCCAUUAAACCAAAAAACAUUGUUUUAGUUCUAAGGCACAUUUCUUCUUUUCCCAUGCAUCUGUGAAGAAAAGGCUGAACUGCCUGAAGAUGGGAGAGGAUGGUUCGACCCAGGAGUGAGAAGCAACAGUGGUGACCCACUCUAGGGGCCUUGGUUUGCUAAUUGCUUCUGUGUGAUCCAACAAAUAUCCUUGACUUCCUCCCCUGACUCAAACCAUUCUUUCCUGCUGGACAGUGAAAGUUCAGCCUACACAUAAAUUACGUAAACUCUGAUCACCAAACUACAUACUGAAUACAUUGUCAUAUGUCAGGUUUUCCUUGCAGAAGUCUUUACCAAAGAUUACUUAUUUGAUUUCUCUUCAGAAGUUGCAUGCUCAUACUCUAGUGAAACUUAACCUUCAUCCUCCCGAACUUGCCAUUCAUAGUUUUUAAAAACUUUUAUAUCAAUUAUCAUUAAUUUUAUUGGUUCAUUUGUUACAUUCCAUUGAUGUGGAUGCUGGAAUGAGGGAAUGGGGCUUUUUAAAAAUCAAGUUUUAGAAUGCAUUAUGUGCAAUUUUUUUUUUAAGUUUCAUCCAGUUUUUGCAGGUUAUGUUAGCCAGAAAACAUUACAGUAAAGCAGCCAGUUCUGGUGUAGGUGCCACAUGAAGAAAAAGACUUCUGGUAAAUAUUUUAUUUUAGGAGGUGAAUCAUUUUGUAGUCAAUAGGUUUUUAGUUUGUAUCCCCACACCCUUUAACACAAGAUUAAUUUGCUGUGGAACCUGUUGUAGCACUGAGUCUCAAAUGUCUAUGACUGAUCACCUUUGCUUUUCUAAGAAUUUUUUCAGUACACAUAAACCUCUUAAAUCUUUUCUUGUCAUCCCAGCUGUAUACAAGUAAAGAAGCUGCAUGCAUUCAACUUGCAGGUUUUGAUGUUUGUUUGUUUUUUUUCUUGGCAGGCAUAAAGUAAUUUGUGUUCCGAUAAAAUUACACUUUUUUCUGUUAGCGAUUUGUUUUUUUCUGUGAAAGAUAUGUUAGUCUAAGACUUUUAUUGGGCAAAUUUGAAGUCUAGUGUAUCUUGUGAAUGUUGAAAAUGCCUGAAGAAUGCGCAUGUUACGUCAUGUGCCUUUUUUUUUUUUCAGUGUUCAGGAAAAUUGUAUUGUGUGGUCAUGUACAUGGUAAAGAAGGCACCAGUAGCUGGUUGGUAUGGAGAUUAUGAAGAUACAAUUAUGAAUGAACUGGAAUUACUAACAGUCCUGUUUACCUAUGAUAUAUGGGGUAUUUCACCACAUAUUGAUAUGUAUAAUUCAGAACUGUGUGUAUUCUUAGAACAACCACUUGGUUUUCAUAUUUUAUGAAGAUUUACCAUGUGGUCGUGCACAUUUCAAGUUUUUAAAUCAAAUAAACUUGGCAUGGGGCAUAAAGAACAUAGUACAAAUGUAGACUUUUGCAUAGUUUCCAUAUGCUUAAAAGUUCAUGAUGAGAAAUAAUCUGAAACACCAUAAUGUAAAAUGUUUGCUCUUCUGUAGAUGUGUUUUAGAAGGGGACUUCUGGUCUGCGACUAGCUCUAUGAACCAAACUAGAAUAAAUGGCUAGGCUGUUGUUUUGUGGGUGAUGACAGAAAAUCUACUGCUUUUUAACAGUCUGCAGGCUGUACAUUCUUGUCUGAUAACUGCAUUUUCACAAGUCAGAGCAUUGGAAAAUACUCAACUUCUCUCAUUUAUACAUUUUCUAAUGUUUUGCUAUCUAAUGUUUGAAUGUUAUCAUGGGCUAUUGAUACAGUGUGGGGUACAAGGUUCUUUAAAAACUAUUAAAAUAAAACACAGUUCUUAAAAAUACUCUGUACUAGGAUGAAGCUGAUCAUAGAAGGAAUGCACCCCUUUGGAUUUUGCUAGAGAAGUUGUGGGAGGGGAGAUGAAGUGGUAGCAAAGACCUUGUCCAAGUUAGUCGAAAGGCUUACUCAAUUUGCAUUUGAGCCUACUUGACAACCUUAUGGGAAGAUUACAACUAUGUGUCACUAGUGUGAUUAGCUAAAACAUUUGUAAAUUUGAAUCGUACACCUAUUUUUAAAUUUAUUUGUAUAUCCAGAUGAAGGAAUAGCAUAUGAAGUUACCAGUAUUGUAAACAGGUCUAUGCUGAGCUCAGAUUAGGAAGGAACUUAUAAUUUCACGUUUAGGACAAAUGCAGCAUAUAUAGCUUAGGCUGAAGUGUCUUAAAACAGCAACCAAAAACCCUUGAAAGGUUGGGGAGAAGGGUGUUUGGCUCUGGUGCCUUCGUUUUUUUUUUUUUGUUUUUUUUUUGAUUUGGAAGAAAGGGUAGAUCAUAAGGUUUAGCACAGCUGUCUUUGAGAAAUAUGCAUUUUAAUGCAUUAGUAUAUGUAACAAAAUGUCAGUAACAUUUUUGUUUUUGUGGGAAGGGGUUUGUAAUCUGUUAGUCACUGUUGCAUCUUUUUUCCCAACCUUGUUGACACAAAGUAGGGUGAUAACCUGUUAAAUUAAAUAUAAUUUAAUGUCUCUGUCCUUUGUAUGUUUGAGGGGGAUGGCCGGAAGAAGCUUUUUUCCCUCUUUUGUAAAUGUGUGGCUAUCCCAAAUACACACAAUGUAACAUGUGAUACAUAUAUCUAUAUUUAUACAAAUGCUCAUGCCGCAUCAUUUGUUUCGAGGCAUAGUAGCAUUCAUGUUGAGAAAUUGGUGCUUCAUUGAUUAUGAAGCUUUAUCUUCACUAGAGGAGUGGAGUAAUUCUGGACUUAAUUAUGCAUCUUUUUAAGAUAAGCAAACUUGUGAAACCUUUGUAUGCCAAAAUAACCUUUUGGUAUUUUUUAAAAAAAAAGGUGAUUGAAAGUCCAGCACCUAUACUACACUGGUUGAAGUUGAAGACAAUAUGUAGUGUACACUGCUACAAGUAGAACAUGUCUCAUACUAAAGAGAUUUAGAGGUGGCAUUGCAAUAAUUACAGUUGAGAAUGUUGCAAAUGUCAUGAUAAUUGGCUACAGAAAAGGGCUAAGCAACAGUCAGAACUUGGGAAAAAUGCAUGGGAAAAGAGGUCUGACAAGCAUUGAACAUUUCACUGUCAGAAGAAAUGUUAAUUAUUUGAACCAUAUUAAAUGGUUAUUGUUGGGUUGGUUCAUGACUUCAGCUUAGCCCUAGAAAACCUAGACACCAUAGCAGUACAAGUGAAUCGAAGGUAAAGCAUGGACCUCUAAGGCCUGCCAUAUACCAGCAUCAGAGGUCUGCAGGUACCCUCAGGGACUCUGCAGGUGAUCAUAAUUAUGCCUUUCUGGGACUGCAGCUAUGGAUUUAAGGUGUUGGUAUCUUUUAAGGAAAUGAGAGCUGAGUGGAGUGCUUGUUUGACAGGUUGGAGAAUGAAUUAUUUUUACAGAAGUGUUCCAGUACAAAUGGGACUGUGCUUAAGGUCUAGGUAUCCUGCAAGACAAUGAAAGCUGAGUGGUUGUUUAUUCAAUGAGGCUGGAGAAUGUUGAUUUUUUUUUUUUCAACGUAAGUGUUCCAUUAUGAAGACUUUGAAUUGAGAUAAUUAGUCUAUCAUAACUCUGUGAAACUGUUUUUAAGUGUGUCGAUAAACAAAAGGGUGUGUCAAGAGAUUAAGGUAUCACUUUACUGGUUUUAGAUGCAGACACUAGGUUAAAUCUUUCAACGUUCCUUUGUCUUCCCCUUCGAAGUGGGAUGUUUAGACUUUGCUUUGUUUGAAAAGGUUAGAUGAGUCAGUCACAGAUGAGCUUUUGCUGAAAGACAAUGACACACCAUGGAUGUCUGCAUUCAAUUAUGAAAACAUAAAUAUAAACACCAUCGCAUGUAUGUUGUUAUGGUCUGUAAACUGCUCUAGAAAUAACCGGUCCAUAAUAGUGACUGAAGUUUUGUUGUUUUUUUUUUUUAAAUAACCAUCUGUUAUUCAUGCUUUUGUAGCCAUGCAGAUCUCAAAAAUGUUUGACAUAGCAUCACAGACUUUUUUUAGGGGUUUUCUGUGUUAGCCCCAUUUAAGCACCCCAUCCCCAUUUCCCCCUCUCACCCUUAAUACUUCAGUAUAUCAUCUUUUGACUAAAUGCAUGGAACGGGCAGAGUAAGAUGUCCUCUGAUUAUUAUUAUUGAUUAUUGUUUAGUCCCUAUAGUAUAAAGUAUGAUUUUGAAAAAAAAAAGAACGGGGUGGGAGAGUUGCUGUGUUGUGGAAAAGGUUAUUGAUAUUUUUAUUAUUACUAAUCAUAGCCAUGUGCGUUCAGCUUAAAUAUGUGCAUACACUUGUGAAGUUUUACUCCCAAUGUUUACAAGCAUGUACAUAACAAAGCUCUUGAAUGCUUCACAUGCCUGCACAUUCAUGUGCCGGCCUGAUGUGUGGCUGCUAGUUUAACUGCCAACAAGGUACCAUCAUGUUGGGUAGGACUUGCACUGUUCAGGUCUUUUAUGACCCUAUUAAACGUUAGUAGAAUCUGAAAGCAAGCUGUGUUUUAUCCUCCAUUCCCAAAGAUAUGGAGUUGUAAUCCCAAAGAAAGGUCUUUUAAAUUAUACUUGGUACAGAUUGUAAACAAACACUUGAUAUGAAAACACUUCAUGAUAUGAAACUUUGUCAUGAAUGGAUACAUUAUAUUGAAGAUCUCUGGUGCACCUAAUAGUGUUUGAAAUAUUCAAGUGUCGAGUCCAGUUUUUAUUUUUGGAUGGUAAUGUUGACGAUGCCUACCAUCAAUGUCAUUGGAAAUAAUUGCCAGAAGCAGUGAACCUACAAAGGAUGUUGGUGGAAUAAUCAGUUCUGUUUCUGGCAUGGAGGGCUUACAAAAUCCUAUUACCAAGUAAAAUGUCUAUAAAAUGAUAAGUUUUCCAUGCAUGGUGAAAAACUGAUUCCAUUCUUGGCAUAAACAGAUCUGGGUAAUUCCAGUUGCCAAGGGAAAAAUUGUUUCACAAACUAAUUUUUGACCAGUUAUAAUAGCAACUUUUUUGCAUCCCUCCCCAGCAGCUGUGUAUAAUCAGUUUCAUGGCCAUUGAUAGCAAUCAUUCAUGAAGUCCUUAGAACAUGCCAUGUCUUUAAAGCACAAGAUUAAGAUCGUCAGAAACUUCCUUGCACAGUGUGAAUUGUGCUUGCAGGGGAUACAGUGUAUGGUAUUGUUUGUUGCUGUAAGACUACAAUAAACUGAUGUGGUGCAGCUUCACUUAGACCUUAUCGCUGCAGUUUGGUUUUUGAGAAAUUAAGAUGUUUUCCUCUUUGAAUCCAGCAGGUUGAAAUUUCCUUGAUGGCCUUAUGGAGAUUUUGCUCACCAGCAUUAUUGGUUGUCGUAAUUGCCCUUUUGAAGUGCACAUUGAUAUGUAUAUGAUCAGCUUAGUGACCUGCCUCUUGUAAUUGACAUGGUGGGUGUUAAGUUGGUUGUGUUGCACAUGGGCAGAGAUUUGAAUCUGUGGAAUUGUAUCAAGAAUUUUUUUCCUGUAUUUCAAUGGGGAUGAAACCAGAAAAAAAGUGGAAAGGUCAAUAAAGGAUGGAAAUCCAAAA